AUGAAGCUACUACCGAUCACCGUGCUCGCAGCUGUAACUGUUAUUCGAGCACAUGAGCCGCUAGAGGACAUCAAGGAUGAAGUGAUCAUGACUUUGCAGGAGUCACCUGAGACAAAGAAAUCACUCGAGGAAAGAAUCAAGGUUUAUCACUUGGUCAAUAGUCCUACGACUACAUCUGUCCCGUAG